ACAUCACUUUCUUUCCUAGAAAACAAACAAAAGGACCAUAUUCCAAAUGAAUUCAUUCUCCAAUCUGUGCCAUACACUCAAAAUCCUAAACAAAGAGAUCAGACCAAACUUUUUUGAGGAGAAUAAUCAACUGUAUCUCCUUUUUACAAGCAGAAAAGAAAAAAAAUUCAAUUUCCAUUUGAAAAAAAUAAAAUAAAAUUAAUAAAGCUCACAAAAAGUAGUCAUGGAGGGAAUGCCAUCUCCUAGAAACACCGAUAACGAAGGGUUGCUAUGGUGCUGGGGAUGCUUAAAGUUGAAGCUUCCAUGGUCAAGAUCAAGAAGAACAAGAUCGCGUUGUAGCAGCACGAAGCAAAGAAUAAGUAGGCUUAAAGCUGUUGGGGGUUUUAAGUAUGACCCUUUGAGCUAUGCUCAGAAUUUCGAUGAGGGCUUCGACGAAGACGAUGAAGAAUAUACUCAACGUGGGUUCUCUGCUAGAUAUGCUGCCCCUGCCCCACUAUCAAAAUCACUUGAAGAUAAGUAAACAACAUAUUUUACUGAUGAGGUUGGUUUAUAUGGAGCCCCUUUUGAACAUGAUUUUCUCUGGAAAUUGAACUGGGUUUUUUGUUCAUGUCCAUGUUCUUUGAUGAUAUAUAUAUAUAUAUAUAUAUACGCAAUAUAAAUUGUAUAUUAAUUGUGAAUAUUUAUAUACACAGGCAUAGUGUAUAUAUAUAUAUAUAUGUAUAUGCCCGAGAGCUUGUGCUAAACUUCUAAUUAUAUAUAAUAGUAUAUUAUAUA